CAAUUCAAGAAAGGAAUGAUGCAACAAGUGUAAUCAAAAAUAAUAUAUUAUAUGUUCUUGGAGGAUUUAGUAAUGGCAAGGCCAUACCAGAAAUAUUAUCCCUCGAUCUUACCAAUUCAAUAAACAUAAAUUCACCGCCAUGGUCGCAGCUGAAAGUCCCACCUUUGGCAUUUUCAUCAAGCGGAGUAGUUCUUGGCGGUCUUAAUAAUAGUUUUAUUUUAGUUAUUGGAGGUGUGAUGCGAGACCCGUUUAGUCAAGAUGGUAUAUUUGGUGAACAAACUCUAUUAGAAUAUGAUAUUAAAAAUAAUGAAUGGAAAAGAACAGCAAUGAAAAACGCGCCCGAUGUGAAUGAUCGAGUUCAAUUUAAAAUGUUAAGCAAUAAUGAUGGAAUUGCUUAUCUUCAUGGUGGUUUUUUUUAUAAUGGCACGUUUUUAGGUGAUACAUAUUUAUUCGACACCUUUUUACACACCUGGGAACAGUUACCGACACCGAAAGUACCAGUAACUGCGUAUGACUUUGCGCCCGUACUCUUAAAUGAUGGACGAUUGAUCAUUAUUGGAGGAUUUGGACCGCCGGUGGGAAAUGUUCAAACACCCAGACUUAUUAGCAAGAUCGAAAUAUUUAAUACGGUAAAUUCUACUUGGAGUAGUCAAACUGUACCGCAACCAAACGAAAUGUCCGAUAUCCGUAGAUCUCAUACAUCAACACUUCUUCCAAAUGGGGAUAUUGUAAUAAUCGGAGGUGUUAAUGGAAUACCCAACGUUGUAAUAUUAAAAACAGCCUCCAUACAAUUCCAAUGGAAAUUCCAGCCAUUUCUGGUUCAGAACCUCCACUGA